GCUCGAAGUAUAGGAUCCACAUAAGAGACCGCAUCACAUCCCCUCCCCCCUCCCUCCCCCUUCUGGAUUUCUCUACUUGUCGCAUGCCCUGUUGCAUGCGUGGCAAAAAGAACAGAUCAACCUACGUACAGCAUUGUCUCCUAUAUCAAUUGCAUUAUUCCCCUUUUCCCAUUCAUUCUUCACUUGGUUCGAUGUGACACUGUCUUGUUUCCCCUUUCCUCCAUCCCCUUAUCUGAUUAGACCAACAUGUCUUCUGCCAUUCAAAAAGUGAAUGACUCCCCAUUAUUACGGCCGCGUGUCAUCCCGGCCAUGAAGAAGUCGACGACGGAUCCUACGUCUGUUCCUCCUUUGGAAAGCUUAGAGUCAAGCGGCCAUUCGACACCUGUCCCUGAAGAUGCCCCGCCUUCCCUCCAUUCGAUUUCCACCGCCAGGAAACAAGCUCGAGCACGCACACGAAUCUUCUAUACCAUCGACUAUGUGCCCCGAGUGUCUCAUUUCGACCCGAGAAGCGACUACCGCAAUUUUCGCGGUUUCUAUACCCUGUUUUGGAUCGCAUUGUUUAUCAUGGUGGUUACCACAGCGCUUCGCAAUAUCAAGGAUACUGGGUCCCCGUUCAGAGUGAGAGUUUGGAAUCUGUUGUCGGCAAACGUGUGGUCCAUGGGCGUCAGCGACCUGGCUAUGGUCGUGAGUAGCGCUGCGGUGCUACCCCUCCAUCGCAUAAUCAGGGCUCGUGGUGGUGUUUGGCGCUGGAAAGGAGGGGGCAUGGCCAUGCAAAGUAUUUUCGAAGCGGCCUGGGCCUGCCUAUGGAUCAAUUGGCCCUUCAUGAUGCGCUGGACCUGGACAGCGCAAGUAUUCUUCACCCUCCAUACGUUGACUAUCCUGAUGAAAGUACACUCUUAUGCCUUUUACAAUGGUCAUCUCAGCGAGACUGAGCGUCGUUUGUCCUCGCUUGAUAAGCCCGGCUCUGUGUCCUUGGAAGCUCCGGUGCCGUAUCCGGAUGCCUCCCCUCGUCGGCACGCUGCCACCCGGCGCCAUAGUCAACACGCACGGUCCGAAUCGAUAGCCGAGUUGCGCGAGGACCUAGCCACGGAGCUGACCUCGCCGAUGGGCAAUGUGACAUAUCCUCAGAACCUGACGGUCACCAACUAUGUGGAUUUCAUCUUCUGUCCCACUUUGUGCUACGAGUUGGAAUACCCUCGGAACAGUGACCGGGAUUGGAUCGAGAUCGGCCUGAAAACCCUCGCGAUCUUUGGAUGCAUCUUCCUUCUGACGUUGACCAGCGAGGAGUUCAUUGUACCUGUCUUGAGCGAGGCCAACAUCCAGCUCCACACCGUGUCAAGCAUGACUGAAAAGGCCCUGAUCAUGGCGGAGACCAUCAGCAUGCUUCUCUUUCCUUUCCUGAUCACCUUCCUGCUUGUCUUUCUCGUCAUCUUCGAAUAUGUGCUGGGCGCUUUCGCAGAGCUGACUUGUUUUGCCGACCGUCAUUUCUACUCGGAUUGGUGGAACUCAUGUGAUUGGUUGGAAUUCUCCAGGGAAUGGAACAUCCCCGUACACCACUUUCUCCGGCGCCAUGUCUACUUCCCCUCUCUCUCCCACUUCUCCAAACCAGUCGCCAUGUUCAUCACCUUCCUCGUCAGCGCCAUCGCUCACGAACUGGUCAUGAGCUGUAUUACUAAGAAGCUUCGUGGCUACGGCUUCCUCGCCAUGAUGCUCCAGCUGCCCAUCGUUGCGGUCCAGCAGUCCAAGUACAUAAAGGGGAAGACCAUUCUCAACAACGCCUUCUUCUGGCUAUCGAUGAUUCUCGGGUUAUCCAUGAUGUGCGCACUCUACGUUCUCGUCUGAACUCAUGCCAUCCCCCACGAACCAACAAACACUCAGAUAGACAAUCUUACUCGCCCCGUAUAUAUACAUACCAUCUACAAAGCUAGGGUUGGCGCUAUUACCAUCGUCCCCGCA